CCCUUCACGACUUUCUACGUACUUAAACUGACCUUUUCUUUGUGAUGUCAGACUCGCUUCCUCAGAGAGAGGGAGGUCGCCAUUUCUGCAAAUUCAAGUUGCUGGUUCUGGUGCGUGAGAAAUGGCUGUUGAUUUGGAUGAUAAGGUAUCAAUGCUAUUGGAUAGUCGUUCUCAACUAUCCAAUGAUUCCAUGGAAGUUCCAUUAACAAGCUUUAGCACUAGGCGUACUACUCGGAGUGUAUCAUGUUUGGCAAUGUCUGCUACGAAUUCCAUGGGGCCCUACGGAAGUGAAAAUAGCCCUCUAUCUCAUACUGGUCGUUUGAAUGGUGAAAAACAAGCCCUCUUUAUACCCAUGAGCGGUCCUUUAUAUAGCCAUACGAAGCCCGAGAGCUUCUCUCAGCCUAUGAAUGGGACAUUAGGUAGAAGAACAAUGGCUGUCAAGGAAAGUGUUAUAGAAAUGGGCCAGAUGGACAGGCCAGAUGACAGCUUUGUGCAAAAGAAUGAGCAUUUAUUGAAGUCUGGGCAAUUGGGUAAAUGCAAUGAUCCUUUUUGCACCACGUGCCCGGUGAAUUAUGAUUUCAAAGAAGCAGAAAAGAAAUAUAAUAAGGCAUCAGCUUUUGACACUAAGUUACCUAAUGCACCAUACGGGGAUGCCAAAGGUUGGGUGCAAAAAUCAUUUUCCUCUCUAAAAAGAUGUAUUCCUGGCAUCAUGAAUCCUCAUACCAAGGUUGUUCAGCAAUGGAACCAAUUUUUUGCCAUUUUUUGCUUGGUGGCAAUUUUCGUGGACCCAUUUUUUUUCUUCCUACUGUCCAUGAAAGAGGAUGAUAAGUGUAUUAUCUUUGAUUGGUCCUUGGCAAAAGCAAUUGUGACUGUGAGAAGCGUUACUGAUUUCAUCUACGUUCUUCACAUGCUUCUACAGUUCAGGUUGGCUUAUAUUGCUCCCGAAUCAAGAGUGGUGGGUGCUGGAGAUUUAGUUGAUCACCCGAAAAAAAUUGCUCUUCAUUACUUGUGUGGCUACUUUCUACUCGAUAUUUUUGUUGUAUUACCACUACCGCAGAUCAUGAUAAUUGUGAUCUUCCCCAAGUACUUGGUAUCAUCAAGGGCGAAUGAUGCAAAGAAUCUUCUACGUGCCACGGUUAUUCUCAAUUAUAUACCAAGGAUAAUAAGAUUUCUACCAUUGCUUGCAAGUCAAUCUGCUAGUGGCUUCAUAUUUGAAUCGGCAUGGGUGAACUUCAUCAUUCAUCUUCUGAUUUUUGUAUUGGCCGGGCAUGCCGUGGGGUCAUUUUGGUAUCUCUUUGGAGUACAGAGGGUAAAUCAGUGCCUUCGAGAUGUCUGCUCCAAAGACAAGGUUGAAGGUUGUAAUGGAUUCAUAAACUGCAGGCAUUGGAAAAAUAUCAAACAGUUCAAUUCGACGUUGUGGAAAACCAAUGAGAACGCGAGCAAUUGCUUUGAUACUACCGAUCGUGGUCGUUUCUCUUAUGGAAUUUAUAAACAAGUUGUUCUUAUUUCUACAAAGCGAAGUAUUGUUACAAGAUACGUAUACUCUUUAUUUUGGGGUUUCCAGCAAAUCAGUACUCUGGCAGGAAACCAAGUGCCCAGCGACUAUGUUUGGGAAGUUAUAUUCACUAUGGGCAUUGUUGGACUUGGCCUGUUUCUUUUUGCUUUACUCAUUGGAAAUAUGCAGAAUUUUCUCCAAUCCCUUGGGCGGAGGACGAUAGAAAUGCAACUAAGGUGGGAUGAUGUUGAGCGGUGGAUGAGCCAUCGGCGGUUGCCAGAAGACUUGAGAAGCCAAGUGCGACAAUCUGAAAGGUUUAAAUGGGCUGCCAGUCGCGGUGUAAACGAAGAAGCGCUAAUGGAGAAUUUACCAGAGGAUUUACAGAGAGAAAUACGCCGCCAUCUCUUUAAAUUUCUCAAGAAGGUGCAUAUUUUCAGAGCAAUGGAUGCUCCCAUCUUAGAUGCUAUCGGUGAAAGAUUGAAGCAAAAAGUGUAUAUAAAAGAAAGCAAAAUACUAUAUCAAGAAGGUCCAAUUGACAAGAUGGUUUUCAUUGUCCGGGGAAAAAUGGAGAGUGUUGGAGGAGAUGGAAAUCCAACCACCUUGUCAGAAGGUGACGUUUGUGGGGAGGAGCUACUCAGAUGGUAUAUUGAGCAUUCUUCACUGGGUAAAAAUGGAAAGAAAAUCAGGUUAUCGGGACAGCUGUUAUCUGACAGGACUGUGAAGUGUUUAACAAAUGUGGAAGCCUUUGCGCUGCGAGCCCAUGAUCUGGAAGAAGUCACCACCACUUUUGCACGGUUCUUGAGGAGCCCACGUGUUCAAGGGGCCAUAAGGUACGAAUCUCCGUAUUGGAGAGCAAAUGCAGCAACUUGCAUUCAAGUAGCGUGGAGAUACAGGAAGAAGCGUUUGAAUCCGGGAGCAAGCAGUAAACCUCAACCUGAUAAUCCCACCAGGUAAUAUAACCUUCAUAGUAAUUUGUGUAUGUAAUAUCCUAUUUUUGAUGAAAAAAAAAAUGUAUGUAAUUGUAUUAUUGAUCCCAAUGAUUGGCCCUUUAUAUGGGACCCACAUCCCCGUAAUAAAUAAGGGACGUUUAUCAAAUCCCACUCAGUUGUAUCUAAAGCAAGUUUUUGUUUCUCUUAUGGUUAUUGUAUCACAAAAACAUCAAAGUAGAUGUUGCA